GUGCGCGGAAGUGUGAGGCGGAAGCGGCUGCAGAAAGCGGCGGCGCGGGACGCCGGCACCGCCCUGCAAGCACGGAGCGAGCGGCGCGGCCGCGGCAGGGGCCGGGCGCGGGGCAAUGGCGAAGAACACGGUGUCGUCGGCGCGCUUCCGCCGGGUGGACGUGGACGAGUAUGACGAGAACAAGUUCGUAGACGAGGAGGACGGUGGCGACGGCCAGGCCGGGCCGGACGAGGGCGAGGUGGACUCGUGCCUGCGACAAGGGAACAUGAUGGCUGCGCUGCAGGCUGCUCUGAAAAACCCACCCAUCAACACCAAGAGCCAGGCAGUGAAGGAUCGGGCAGAAAGCAUUGUCUUGAAGGUCCUCAUCUCUUUCAAAGCCAACGAUAUUGAGAAGGCAGUACAGUCUCUAGACAAGAAUGGAGUCGACCUGCUAAUGAAAUACAUCUACAAGGGCUUCGAAAGCCCCUCUGACAACAGUAGUGCAGUGUUGUUGCAGUGGCAUGAAAAGGCCCUUGCUGCUGGAGGUGUAGGGUCCAUUGUCCGUGUCUUGACUGCCAGAAAAACGGUUUAAGUCCAGCAACAAGUGGCUGUCUGCUAUUGGUGUGGGAAGUGGUGGUACAAAGACCAAAAGAACCAAAUGUCGUCACUGCCCUGUGGGUAGCAUCUGUCUCUCUCAGCUUGCCUUCUUGCUGCUGCUUUCAUAUCCGACAAAAUAUGCAUAUCUCAUUUCCUUUUGUUAACCUUUGGCUAGUAUAGAGGUGCAAUUUAAUUUCUAAUGGGAAUAUUUGGUACUCGGAAGCAUUUCAGUGGCAUCACAUACAGUAUAUACACAUGGAUAGUUAUACACAAUUUUUGUGUAUGAUGGUUUGAGUUCAUGUAAAUAAUCGUGGCAGAUUUUUGCCCUUACUCUCCAUGCAGAGGCUGAGGGACUUAAGGCAGUGUAUUAAUUGUCUAGCUAGCCCCACAGUGUUUGAUGUAAUAUAGAUAUAUGUUUGAGAAGUUGACAGCUAUUAUUAAAGGUAACUGGAUCAUUCUCUUGGUCAACUUCUGAGCUCUACAGCAGUGAGUUGGGUAGAAGUGAGUUGGCUCUGUCUUCCCUCAGAACCUAAUUAUUCAUUCAGUAAAUUGAUAUUUUUUUCCUUUCUUGUAAGAAUUUCACAUCUAUGGGGUUUGUUUGGUUUUUUGCUUUCUUUGUGAUCAGCCAGGUGCUGAUCAGAGAGAGCAAGUCAUAACAGUUAAAGAAUAGUCUAAAUCAUUGGAGAUAAAUGUUGAUUUUCACUGGGUCCUAAUUUAGUAAUCGUAUUUUGGGAGCAGAGUAGAUGUAGAUAAGGGCAAGUAGUAAAUGCCCUUGGCAACAAGCUGAAAGAGAAACAAUUAUAUAAAAUGCAGCACAGUUGCUGCCUUUGGACAUCAGUGCACAUUUCUCAAGAUUGCCCGUGUGGCCCUUGUAAAAUGUCUUGAUCAGUAUUUUUCCCCAGGUACAUGGGACCUAGAAAAUACCAGUAGAUUCACAUUCCAUAAUAUAGCUUAGUGCAUUGUGUUAACUAACAGAUAAACCAAGUGAAGUCCCAAGAGAGACAAGUUCUUUUUAAUUAAAAAUGUCCAUGGAGUCCAGUGUAUCCCAGACCUCAGAUCACCCUGAAUGUGUGUAACAAAAACUGAAAUGCACCAGUGUUCUACAUUCACAUUUUACACCUGUUCGGUUGUGUAAAAUUGAGAGGAAUUUGUGAAGACCUUUGCUGUUUUUGAUACUUGCUUUUUUUUGUAAAAUGAUAAAUGAUCAGAAAAUAAAUUGUUGCUGUUGACAUCUGAA